UUAGCUGUACCUUUAACAUUUUCCUUUUUUUCCAACCGGAAGCAGUUUGCGUGUCAAAGGUCGAGCACAUUGUUCCUGCGCGGUAGUUGGCUGUUUCAUAUAAUAAUGAAUGAAGUUCUACUUCAGUAAGCUUUUUAACGAACAACCAUAGAGAGUAACGGAGUGACUGCGACACUACUGUGUGCACAAUAUCAUAUAUAAGAUAAGAGCUUCAUAUUUUUGAGGUAGACCGUAUCAGAGAUGGCUGGAAUCUUGUUUGAAGACAUUUUUGAUGUAAAAGACAUUGAUCCAGAUGGCAAGAAGUUUGACAGAGUGUCUCGUCUACAUUGUGAAAGUGAAUCUUUCAAGAUGGACCUUGUCUUGGAUGUGAACAUUCAGAUCUAUCCUGUUGAUCUUGGUGACAAGUUCAGACUGGUUAUUGCCAGUACGUUAUAUGAAGAUGGAACACCAGAUGAUGGAGAAUAUAAUCCUCAGGAUGACCGGCCAUCUAGAGCAGACCAGUUUGAUUAUGUGAUGUAUGGAAAGGUUUACAAGAUUGAGGGCGAUGAGACCUCGACAGAAGCGGCCACACGCCUCUCUGCCUAUGUGUCUUACGGUGGCCUCCUCAUGAGGCUGCAGGGAGACGCCAACAACCUUCACGGCUUUGAGGUGGACUCCAGGGUUUACCUCCUCAUGAAGAAACUGGCCUUCUAAAAACCCAACUCUGCUUUCCCACUUACCCUGGUCUUUCCACUGCCGCAGACAGCCUUAAAGUCAUACUGAGCUGCAGACUGAAAACAGUUAUAUUUCCAAGUCUGGAGCACACAGCCAUCUCAAAGAACAGCUCACAGAUGGAUCACAUGGAGGCUGUAGAAAACAUUUUUUUUUUAUUGUCAUACUUUACUAAAUGUUUCCUCCAAGGACAUGGACUACAGACUAAAGACUGUGACACUUUGCAACCUCCAUCUGCUGGCAAACUGUAAAUAAAAAUGUCUUUUAUACAAAAUG